UUCGAUUCGCUCAUCUCUAGUGAGUACCAUCGUUACCGACAGAUUAGACACUUUUUUGAAUCACAUUUUGGCCUUAUACCGUCUUCUCCGGUUUCCUUUUUUGAACGUACCAGCCGUGACUCUCCCAGGGGAAGGGGUCUUAUUUCUAAUUUUUAGCACCAAUCUUUACUUUGUCUUUUUCAUACACCUCCUUUAUACCGACAAAGGUGGGAGGAGGAUAGUGGUACCACUUUUUUGGAUGAGGAUUGGGAUUCCAUGGUGGAUAAUACCUGUAAAAGCUCUCGAUCUCUUUCUGUUCGUGAAACGGCCCUUAAGGUUUUAACUAGAUGGUAUUAUACCCCAUCAAGACUACACAGAUUGUUUCCACAAACGUCCCCUCUAUGUUUUCGGGGCUGUGGCCUUACAGGCACUUUGGUGCAUAUAUUUUGGGAUUGCCCGUCCAUAUCUUUGAUUUGGUGCAGGAUAUCUGAGGUGGCACCUCACUGGCGGGUUCCCCAGUACGCUUAUCUAUACAGACCUGUCUAUUGGGGGCUCAUAUCCCGGGGGUCCCUGAUGCCAUUAUGAGAUUGAUACAUACUAUAUGUAUUGCCACUUUAUGGUCUAUUGCCUUACACUGGAGGUCCAAUGUUGUACCUUUGGCCUCCAUUCUACACAGAAUUGAUGCAGUAAUGCUCAUGGAACGCAUUCAUUAUACUCUGCUGGAUAAGAUGCACUUAUUUGAUAAAAAAUGGGAGUCAUGGAGGGAUUAU